CAUCCCCUGACCCAGACAGACAGACACCUUUCUAUUCUUACCACCUGUCAAAACAGUGCAUAUUGUAUCCGCGGAAAUGCCGUACACAGUAAACGAAUCAACCACUACUAAUGAAGGAUGAGGCUCUUUUCCACACUAGUGACAUCAUGUUCAGCUGGAGUCCAAUCCUCGAAGCUGGAAACGGAGAGGAAUCGGCACGGCCGUUCCGAGGCUGGGAUUUGGACUCGACCCGUCGGGGCUGCUGUCGUGUCGGUUCCCGCCUUGACGUUCAAGCACGGUCUUGAGCACAUACCUACUAACUGGGUAGUGUGUGUAUUCCGGGGUAAAGUAUGAGGGAUUAGAUGCGAAGGUUGCCCUGUGACAAUUUUCCUGCAAGAAUGUGGG